AUGGAUUUAUUUGAUGACAUAUUAAGACAAGCAAGCAGUAAUACUAAAAAUGCGAGUAAAGAAAUCAAGAAGAUCGAUGAAGCGCAUCAAAUGACCAAAAAAUGUAUGAAUGUGCGGUUGGCUGCGGAACGGAAGCAACUGAAAGUUGUAAAGCCUCCUCUCGAAAAACCGAAACCGAAAUUUGUCAUUCCGAAGAAAAAAGCGAAAGAAGAUUCGGUUGUUGAUAAGAGCAGAAUAGUAUUAUUUCUGAAGAAAAGGGAGGAAGAGAAGCGGAAAGCUUUAACUGAAAAAAAGAAGCAAAAAGAGGAGCUUAUAAAAUUAAGGUUGCAAAGUUAUGGUGGAAAGGCAAAUAAAAAGCUUGCUAAGCAGUUUGGUAGCACUGCAGUUGAACUACAACAAAAAUAUGGUAAUGAUCGCGAACACGAAGAACACUUGAAAAGGCAGCAAAUCAAAGAGAAGGAAGAAGUUGGUCGUCUCAACUGUAAGUUGCGUGGAACUGUUGUGAAGGCUUUGGAACGGAAGAAGGUAGUUGAGAAAAUAAGUGCAGAAUCUUGCGGAAAUGGUCCUUAUAGAGUCUACAUUAACAAAAAGAAUACUUUGAGACAUUUGACGAAGGAGGAUUCUCCGGGGCCUUCCACGUCUUGUGUCUUGGAAAGUAAAUCCAGAAAAAUUGAUGCGAACAUUGUGGUUAAACGUCGCUUACCUCCAUCAGAGUCAAAUUUCUUCUCCUUAAUGAAGAAAGCAGAAGCAAUCCGGAAUGGCGAAGCAUCCCCUAGCCCACCACCGCUUUCCACCCCACUUCUUUCAAAAAAAAGUGGGCUGCUUCGGCGAAACAUUAAGGAAAUUAAAUAUCACGAGGGCAAAUUAAAACCAGCAACUGAGACCAAUAAGAAAACUUUUGCUGCACAACGGAGUUCUAAUGCUACAAAAAAGAUGAGUGAUAUUCAAACUAGUCAUGACGAAGAACAGAAAAUGCGAUCUUCUGCAUCUUCUUUUAAAUCCCCAUCACGGCGGUAUCUUCCAGGAGAUAUCAGAUAUCAAAGACUUCCUCCAGAGCGAUCUCAGGCAGCUGUCAGGGCAGGUGGUAAUCCAGCUAGUUUACCAAAAACUAAUGUGAAAGGAUCUAAUACUAAGGAUUCACAUGCAAGGCUGCGUCGACUAGGAGAAAAUGAUGAUUUGGUUGAGGAUAUUGAUGAUGAAGAGUAUGAUAGUGACAUGGAUGACUUCAUUGAUGAUAGCGAAUUUGAUGAACAUCUGAAACGCGGCGAUUUGGAAGAAACAUUGCGAUUAAUAAAUCCACGCUAUGACAAAAAUCGUUGGAAGUUAAGGGAGAGGAUGAUUGACGAUCGUCACAUGGAAGCAAGUUAUCGCGAUAUUGCUCGUGAGGAGAAGCGAAGUUCAAGAAUAGGUCUAAUUGAAGACAUUCGAGAAGCUCACUGCGGUAAAAGUGUUGCGUUAUGA